AUGGUAGCCUUUGGCGACUUUCAGCCGUUGUGCACAGACACGCCGAGUUAUCCCUGGUGCAAUCUCUUCUACCGCCAGCUCCAACGCGACUCACCCUCAACAUUGGGCGACCGCUCGACACCCGCGUCCUCAGCACCAGUGGGCAUCAACCCCGAAUGCGGUAUUCCCAGAAUCAACCACGACGGCUCGAUAGGCAACGUCGCCAACAUCGCCGUGUGCGGUGCCAGCGUGCUCUUCGUUGCGGCGUUGAUUUGGUUGUGUAAUCGACGGAAGGCGGCUGUUGGCCGCAUCGAGCUGCGCACCUUCCUCACGCUCUACCUCCUCACCCUGCCCCUGCAGCUCCUGACGACGGGCGCGGUCCUCGAACAGGGCUCAACGGCGCUCGUCGUUCUCACCGGGAUCCAUGCGGGCGCAGUCGUUGCGCUCUUCUGGGCGUUGCUGGCCAACGCGAUCGUCGCGACCCAGGUGGUGGAGGAUGGGACACUCGCUAGCUUGGUGCCAUUCUACAUCUUCACACUCAUCACAUUCGCCAUUGGACUUUACAUCUCGCUCGACAUCGGGCUGGGGAUCACGGAGACGAUCGGCGGCGCGUCGAACCCGCCCGAGGCGCUGCGCAGUAUCGCGCUGUUCAUCCUGACGAGUAUCUGGCCUGGGAUCUGCGCCCUCGCCUACCUCGGCCUAAUGUCCUACAUCGUCCUACGCGUGCUCAACGAGACGCGCCCGAUGUGGUACUACAUCCUCGCCGCGGGCCUCUUCGUGCUCUCCCAGCUCGCGUGGUUCUUGCUGAGUAGAGUGAUAUGCAGGGGCUCGAACGCGAAAGUGGAUGGCAGCUUUUUGGCGACGCUCCUGGAGACGGCGGCGGUGGGUGUGUUGUAUUUGGCGUGGAAGAGUAUUACGGAAGAAUCAUGGGACGACGACUACUACCCGUCAUGA